AUGGGGAUUUAUUAUGUAUGGAGAUUGUACGAGACAGUCAGUUCACCGCGUAGGAAUCCUGAUCCAGACAUUAGCUUAGAGUUGGCUGGUGACAGCUUCGAGCAGUGGCGCGCGAUCAUAAAGGGCCCACAGGACUCGCCAUACGAGGGUGGACACUUCAAGCUGGACAUUGCCUGUACGGCAAAUUAUCCAUACACUGCACCUCAGGUCAGCUUCGUGACUAAGAUUUUCCACCCAAACGUCAACUUCAAUACUGGUGAGCUCUGCUUGGAUAUAUUGAAAACCGACUGGAGCCCUGCGUGGACUUUGCAGUAUGUCUGCCGCGCUGUGAUCGCGCUGUUGCGAGAUCCGAAUCCGGACAGCCCACUGAACUGCGAUGCCGGGAAUCUCUUAAGAAACGGGGAUCUCCGAGGAUUUCGAUCAAUGGCAAGAAUGUACACAACUGAGCAUGCUAUCCCUGCUUAA